UACGGUGUGAAAUUGGGCCGAAAAGAACAUAUACCGUAUUAUGAACUGUAUCCGGAAUGAUACAAGCGGCAACCUCUCAUCUGUGCGCCGCCGCCGUCCGAGCCCCUCCCACCAGCACGUCGUCGUCGCACCCAACCCCCUCCCACGAGCGCGCCAUGGCCGCCCCAACCCCUUUCCACCAGCGCGCCGCCACCGCUCCCAGCCCCCUUCCACCAACGCCCCGCCUCCGCCCCGAUCCCCCUCCCACCACCAUGCCGCGGCCGCCCCGAUCCUCCUCCCACCAUCAUGCCGCGACCGCCUCGAACCCCCUCCCACCAGCGCCCCCCCACACCGCCUUGAUUCGGGCCGCCGCCCCCGCCCCCGCCCGGAUUCGGGCCGCCGACGGCCUGCUCCACUCCUUCCGUGGCCGGCUCGCCUUGGUGUGAAGGUCGAGCCGGCCACAAUUUGGACCGGCAGCGACAAAUUCCGGCGUGCGGCGACCUCUUUCGAUGUGCGGCAACGGAUUCCGGGCUGCGGCUCCAUCAGGCGAUCCUCCAGGCGAUCGCCGGAUGCGGAUCUCCUCCAGGCGUCGACUCACCUUGGCGCCGGGCUGGUCGGCAACAACGUCGGCUGGGGCUGGAUCUAGGUUCUCAUGCCUACCGACGGCAGAGGGGGAAGAUGCGUCCAUGGUGGAUGUAGGAACCACUAACGAUGAGUCCUCUGAGCCAUCUUCUGAGGUGCGACGGAGAAAGUCGGAUGAAGAGCUCGCCGAAGAGUUUUGGGCGGACAUCGGCUACCCGACUCCGGCGUCGAGGGUGUGGGAGCGUCCAUCGUCUCGACGAGCAGGUGAGGUUUUUCAUGUGUGCAGGUCGGAGACUAACGGGGUUCCGCACGCGGAGAAGGAUGGGGAGAACUACAAAUCGAUCGGGCUGGAGGGUUCAUCAACGGCGCCGUUGGCGGACGUGCGAGGUGUCGUCGGGGUGCCGGCGCGGUCUACGGCGAUGGUCAAGCCUUGGAUCGGCCCGAUUCCGCCUCCUCGGUUAUCUCCUCCUCGGAAGCUUGGCGACGUCAUGCCGCACGCAUGCCUCGGCGCUGUGGAGACCUCGCCGCAGCCCAGGUCGCCGACGGCGCCUCCAUGAGCGCAUGGGCGGGGAGUCUCGUUGAGGAUCAUUCGAACCCCCGAUCCGGUCAUCACGGCGGGACAGAGCCAUCUCUCGGCCUGACUAAUCCUGGCCGUCCACUUCGCAUGGUUAAUCUUAACCGUUGGUUGUGGCAUUUGUGGAACCGGAAAACGCAAGGGGGAAACCCUAACCUCACUCGUUCCUUCGCGGCUGUCACCCGCUCUCCGGCUAUGAUGCGCGGUGAUGCGGCCGCGCUGCCCGGCCUCAACUCUGGCCAUCAUGCCCGCCCAACCUCCGCCACUGCUCAGCCGUCCGACCCAUCAUCGUCUGGUGGCGCUCCAGGCUUCGUUCCAGGUGUAUACCAACCGGUCUAGCCGACGCAGCCCCUUGCACCGCCGGGGACUCUAGCGCCGGCACAGCAACAACCUGCUCAUCAGCCACCUGUGCACCAUCAGCAAGUAUACCAAAUGCCUCUCCAGCAGCAGUUCAUCGCAAGUCAGUAGCAACCGUAUAUCUUUCAGCCGCCGGCAGGUUAUGUGCAGCAACAGCAGCAACCCGCAGUGUUUUCGUUUCAGCCGUCAGGUACUCCUAUGCAGCAGCUCGGUCCUCCCGCCGGCAUGCAACCAGUUGCCUUCAAUGCCGGGUCGGCGUACAAAACUGCCGCAGGGCCGCCAGCUAACACUCGUCCACGCAAACCGAAGGGCGGCAAGGGAGGACGCCCUAAAUACCAUCAGGGUGCGGCGCCUCCUACUACCACUGCCGCCGCUCCCUUCAUGUCUCCGCAAGGGCAGCAGGGGGUAGCACCUGCUCUCGUCUCUGGACCAACUCUGACAGCAGGACAUGGACAAAUGGUAACUAUCCAGAAUCAGCCACAACUACCGGCUCAAUCCGCAGGGUCUGAUGGUGUCGCAAUGGUGCCUAAAAAGAUGUGGUGCACUAAAUGUCAGUCUGCAGGACACCUUGCUGAUGACCGUGAGACACCGCAAUAUUGUUUCAUAUGUAACAAGAUGAACCAUCCGAUGACCA